AUUAUUGAUAGACACUACUAGAAGAACAGCAGCGUAUUUUAAACAAUAACAUCCACACUUGUUCUGGUGUCGAAUUUAACGGAUAUGAUGCAGCUGCCGCUGUUGCUGCUGCUGAACACCACAUGAUGGCGAAUAUGAUCCAACAAGAAGAUAACUAUAUGUAUAAUCCUACCGUAGAUCCUAAGCAAUUUGAAGGCAUGUCGAGAGAACAAUUAAUUGCAAGAUUGGUUGCAUUAGAAAAAGAAAACCAUUGUAUCACCACCACGGCUACUACCAGCACUGAUGAGAUGGCGGACGAUUCGGUAGAUGAAACCGCAACCGAGGAAGAUGAACAAGAACAGAUUCGGACCUGUUUGUGGUCGGAUUGUGGUCAAAAGUUUGAUAUAUUGCAGAAAUUAAUAUCUCAUAUUACCGAAGUACACGUGGGAGGUGGAAAAGCAACUUAUCGAUGCGAGUGGCAAAAAUGCGCUAGAAGUAAUAAACCUUUUACAAAAAGACAUAAAAUGUACAACCAUCUACGUACACACACAGGCGAAAGACCCUUCGCAUGUCCUAAACCAGAUUGCGAAAAGAAGUUUUCUCGCCCAGAUUCACUUACAACGCAUAUUAAGACGCAUUCAAAUGUGAGACCUUUUGUGUGCCUGUUUGCAGGUUGUGGAAAAGCAUACUAUCAUUCCCGAUCUCUAAAAAAGCAUGAAAAGAGCCAUGAACCAUCACCACCACCACCUUCUUACGAACAAGUCAUGUCUACGGGGCAGGUACCCGUCAAUAAUUCAUUUAUCGAACCAUAUUAUUCACCUCAAUUUGCCUUUCAUUAUCCUCCCCCUCCACCUCCAUUCAACCCAUCACAUUAUCCCACAUCAUUUAUGAACUCCAACAUGUAAAACUUUCUGGCGAUAAAAAACAGGGCUGGUUUCCCUUCUUUUAUAAAUGUCUUAUGUACCAUUCUUUUUUUAUAUCAGUACACAUCUUUAUAUACAUACAAUAAAAUAAAAAAACAUAUAUAAAUAGGUCAUCACCCUUUCUCUUCUUCCAUCUCCCUAAAUGGUUCUGGUUUAAACAUUAUAAAUAACUUGCAGCAAACUUCAAAACUCCGUUUAAUUUCCUCUUUUUCUAAUCGUCGAUAAAGGGAUCACGUCUUGUGUGGCCUCACUGCAAGAAUCUUCUUCAUCAGCCUCA